CACACUCGCGCUGACUUCCCGGCCUGGUCUGGCCUGGCCCGUCGGAACACGCGGGCCGGCCCGGGUAGCCCAGAGGCGCCGGCAGGGCGUGCACGGCGAGGGUCCCCGAGGCCGGUGGCCCGGGGGUCGCGCGGUCCCGGUCGGGGUGUCGCGGUGGCGGCUCUGCGAACUUGAUGAUGAGUGGAACUACAGGUGUUGAUGAAGGUUGUCCCUUCUUCUGAAGAUAAAUGUGACAGCUGUCGCAGGGAGAGCUGCAGUGUUAUUAUGCAGGAAACUGCCAAGUCUACAGAUCCUGGUUCCCCACAAAUCAGCCUGCUCAUGUGAGAUAAGAAGAGAGUUUCUGGAAUCAAGAAUUCAUUCUCCGUGUAGAAGACCUUGCCAGGACCUCACUCUAGAGCUUUGCAGAAGAGACGUAGAAUAGAACAGAUCUCGGCUUUGCUAAUCGUCUCACACAGACAACAGACAGUGAACAUGCUGCAGGAAUCAUUCUCAUUUGAAGAUUUAUCUGUGGACUUCACCCAAAAGGAAUGGCAGCUAUUGGAUCCCUAUCAGAAGGAUUUAUACAAGGAUGUCAUGUUGGAGAACUAUAGUAUCCUAGUGUCACUGGGGUAUGAAGUUAUGAAACCAGACAUCAUCUUCAAGUUGGAGCAAGGAGAAGAGCCAUGGAUAAGAGAUGGAGCAAUCCCAAGUUCAGACUCUCCAGAAGAAGCCUGGCAAGUAGAUGGUCACAUGAUGUGGCACCGGGAUAACCAAGACAAACUUAAAAAUAUGAAAAGAAUUCUUGAAUGUGAUGUAUUUGGAAAAAAAUUCAAUCUAAAUAUGAACUUUGUUCCUUUGAGGAACUCAAACAAUGAAGAUAACUUAGAUGGCUUGAUUUUCAAACAUCAUUUAGAUUUGCUUAUUCCAAAAGCAGAUUGUAGAAAAACAGACUCAGACGACUUUAAUGUAUUUGAUAAAUUGUUUCUCCAUUCCAAGCCUGAGAAAACUGAUACUUGGUUAGAAUACUAUGAAUGUGAUAAAUAUGAUAAAGUCAUCUAUAAAAAGUCACAGAUUGUCAUAUAUCACAGAACUCGUUUAGGGGAGAAACUCUAUGAAUGCAGUGAAUGUAGAAAACGCUUCAGUAAGAAAUCAAGUCUCAUUAAUCAUCAGAGCAAACAUAUCAGAGAAAUGGCGUAUGGCUGUGGUAAAUGUGGCAAAAGCUUUACUCAGAAGUCGCAGUUUAUUAGCCAUCACAGAACUCAUACGGGAGAGAAACCCUAUAAUUGUAGCCAGUGUGGGAAAGCCUUCUCCCAAAAGUCACAGCUCACAUCCCAUCAGAGAACACAUACGGGAGAGAAACCAUAUGAAUGUGGCGAAUGUGGGAAAGCCUUCUCCCGGAAGUCCCAUCUCAUAUCACAUUGGAGGACGCACACAGGAGAAAAACCCUAUGGAUGUAAUGAAUGUGGGAGGGCCUUUAGUGAAAAGUCAAACCUCAUUAAUCAUCAGAGAAUUCAUACAGGAGAGAAGCCUUUUGAAUGCAAGGAAUGUGGGAAAGCUUUCAGUAGGAAGUCACAACUCGUUACCCAUCACAGAACUCACACAGGAACAAAACCCUAUGGAUGUAGUGAUUGUAGAAAAGCGUUCUUUGAGAAGUCAGAGCUAAUUAGACAUCAGACAAUUCAUACUGGAGAGAAACCCUAUGAAUGCAGUGAAUGUGGGAAAGCAUUUAGAGAGAGGUCAAGUCUCAUUAAUCACCAGAGAACCCAUACAGGAGAGAAGCCUCAUGGAUGCAUUCAGUGCGGCAAAGCCUUCUCCCAGAAGUCACAUCUCAUAUCACAUCAGAUGACACACACAGGAGAAAAACCCUUCGUUUGCAGUAAAUGUGGGAAAGCCUUCAGCAGGAAAUCCCAGCUUGUUAGACAUCAGAGAACCCAUACGGGAGAAAAACCCUAUGAAUGCAGUGAAUGUGGGAAAGCUUUCAGUGAAAAAUUAAGUCUGACUAAUCAUCAGAGAAUUCAUACAGGAGAAAAACCCUAUGUAUGCAGUGAGUGUGGGAAAGCCUUUUGUCAGAAGUCACAUCUCAUAUCACAUCAGAGGACACAUACAGGAGAGAAACCCUAUGAAUGCACUGAAUGUGGGAAAGCCUUUGGUGAGAAAUCAAGUCUUGCAACUCAUCAAAGAACUCAUACAGGAGAAAAACCCUAUGAAUGCAGGUACUGUGAAAAAGCUUUCUCCCAGAAGUCACAGCUGAACACACACCUGAGAAUUCACACAGGAGAGAAACCCUAUGAAUGCAGUUUUUGUAGAAAAGCUUUCUUUGAGAAGUCUGAGCUUAUUAGACAUCAGAGAACUCAUACAGGAGAAAAACCUUACGAGUGCAGUGAAUGUAGAAAAGCCUUCAGGGAGAAGUCAAGUCUCAUUAAUCAUCAGAGAAUACAUACAGGAGAGAAACCCUUUGAAUGCAGUGAAUGUGGCAAAGCCUUCUCUCGGAAGUCACACCUCAUACCACAUCAGAGGACACAUACAGGUGAGAAACCUUAUGGUUGCAGUGAAUGUAGGAAGGCCUUCUCUCAGAAGUCUCAGCUUGUUAAUCAUCAGAGAAUUCAUACCGGAGAGAAGCCUUAUCAAUGCAAUGAAUGUGCAAAAGCCUUCUCACAGAAGUCACAGCUCAUUAAUCACCAGAGAACUCAUAAAGUAAAGAAAUCCAAGGAGUGCAAUUAAUAUGAGUCUGACAUCAUAACUCAUUGUACUUCAGAAAAUACAGUUAUGCUAAAUUUUUCAGAUAAUAGUCACAUCAUAUAAUAUGUCAGAGCAGUCCUUUUGAGUGGGGAACUCUAUGAGAUUAUGUAGGGAAAACUUUCAGCAAGUAAACAUGCUUGUGUAUCAGAAUUCAUAGAAUAGAAUGAACCUACAAAUGCAGUGUUUCUGAAAACCCUUUGAAACCACAGUCAGACCUUAUACAGCAGAAAAUUCACAGCAAAGAGGAGUCCUGUGAAUACUGCAAAUAUCAGAAACCCAUCCAGUGGUCAAAUCUCAUAAACUAUUGAAAAUAUUCCCACUGGUGAUGAAAAAUUCGAUGAAUACAGCAAGUGAGGCAAUAUUAUUAUUAACAAAUCACAGUUCAUUGUACAUUAGAAAAUGCCCUUAGGAAUAGAAUUCUGAGAAGCUUCUAAAUACAGAAUAAGUAAUCCAAAUAUAUUGUAUUUUACAGAAUUCAUAUUGUGGAUCAACCUAAUAAUUUAAAGACACUGGAAACAUGUGCCCCUUGAAAUAAUACUAUAAAGGGAAGCCAUAUUCUUU